AUGUCGAUAACAAUCCCUUCGGAAAUAGAUAUAGAUGGAUCAACAUACUACCAAAUAGAUAUAAAGCUACCGCUUCGCUCAUAUCUGAUCAAAAGAAGAUAUUCUGAUUUUAAUCAUUUGGUUUCUUCACUAUGCCAUCAUCUUGGGAUUAAUCAAAAGGAUUUUCCUCACCUAUUACCAGGCAAGAGAAUAAAUUGGCUCAACAAGGGGCAUGUGGUGGAGGAAAGAAAACGUGAAUUGGCCCAGUUUCUCAACAACAUGAUUUGCGAUAAAUCUUUGCACAAUGAACCCGAGUUUCUUUGCUUUUUACAAUUGCCAAAAAAUUUCAGAUUUCAAGAUAAGCCAGAAAUCACCAAUGAUAAUUGGUACGAGAUAUAUAGAAAAUUGAAAAACGAUUUGAUUAAUGAAAGCGCUGGUGAUGAGAAAAAUGUCAAUUUGGUGAGACUAAAGGAGAGAAUGCGAAAUAGCUAUCAACCAACAAUUGACAACCUUUCCAAAGCUGUCCGCGGAGACAAUAAAGAGGAAACGCUGAAAAAGAAAGCAUUGGUAACUCAGCUUCAGAAUAUACUAGAUCAAUUACAGAUUUACGAGCAUUCUAAACCUAGGGACAACAAUACAGAGAGAAGAGUUCUUGGAGGAGGAGGAGGAGGAGGAUCCAAAAAAAAUCUGGCAACGGAGACAGAGGAGACAAUAUCACUAAACAACCGCGAACUAUUACAACAUCAAGUACAAAUUCAAAAAGAUCAGGAUAAAGAGUUGGAGCAUUUGAGAAUGAUGAUUUCAAGACAGAGACAAAUUGGCGAAACCAUCAAUACUGAAGUUGAGGAGCAAAACUAUAUUUUGGAUAAAUUCAACGAGGAGGUGGAGAAUACAACAAAUAAAGUACAACAAGCCAGAAGAAGAGCUAGAAAGAUUUUAUAA